CCCCGCCCUCUCCUGCAUCUCAUUAAGUGCCUGGUGUGUUUCUCGCUCCCUGUCAAUAAUCCCGGAUCCCAGACUUCUCCGUUCCUCCGGAUUUCGAUCCCCCUUUUUCUAUCUGUCAAUCAGCGCCGCCUUUGAACUGAAAAGCUCUCAGUCCAACUUCAACUCACUCAAACCCGAGCGGCACAGGGUCCCCAUAUCCGCGGCGACUGCCCCCCCGUCACAGCUGACUUCUGGGCUUGGUUUGUUGCAUUAUUUUUUUUUUUAACCCCCCUCCCCCCCGCGCUGCUCCCCCCUCCCCACGGUUUAUAUAUUUUUUAUUAUUAUUAAUUUUUCCGCGAGUGCGUGCGCGGGUGUGCGUGUGCGCGCAGUGCACGCCGAGCAGCUCCCGGGAAGAAAGAAAGAGAAAAUCCCGAAGAAGGAAAGGAAGAAGCCUAAAGUCACUGGUGCAAAGGAGCAAAGAAGAGACAUUUCCCUCCCCUCCUCCUCCCUCUUUUCCCCUCCCCAGGAGGAAAGAGAAGGGGAAAAAAAAGAAACUUUCACCUUGGACUCUUCUUUUUUUGGUGCAAACUUUCCCCCCCCCCUCUUCUUUUUCCUUUUUCCCCCCCAUUCCCCUCCUUUUUUUUUUUCUUUUGUUUUUCCCCUUCCCCUUUUUGCAAAAUUGCUGCUGGUGGGGUGAAGCAGGAGGAAAAUGCCGCAGCUGAACGGCGGUGGAGGGGACGACCUGGGCGCCAACGAUGAACUGAUCUCUUUCAAAGACGAAGGGGAGCAGGAGGAGAAGAUCUCCGAGAACUCCUCGGCGGAGAGGGAUUUAGCUGAUGUCAAGUCGUCUCUCGUCAAUGAAUCAGAAACGAAUCAAAACAGCUCCUCAGACUCGGAGGCGGAGCGGCGGCCCCCGCCUCGGUCCGAAACUUUCAGAGAUAAAUCCCGGGAAAGUUUAGAGGAAGCUGCGAAGAGGCAAGAUGGAGGGUUGUUUAAGGGCCCACCAUACCCGGGUUAUCCCUUUAUAAUGAUCCCCGACCUCAGCAGCCCGUAUCUGCCCAAUGGAUCGCUCUCUCCGACGGCGAGAACGUAUCUGCAGAUGAAAUGGCCACUGCUUGAUGUUCAGGCAGGGAGCCUUCAGAGUAGACAAGCCCUCAAGGAUGCUAGGUCUCCAUCUCCAGCACACAUUGUUUCUAACAAAGUGCCAGUUGUGCAGCACCCACACCAUGUACACCCUCUUACGCCGCUUAUCACAUACAGCAAUGAGCACUUCACACCAGGAAACCCUCCUCCACACUUACCAGCUGACGUAGACCCCAAAACAGGAAUUCCAAGGCCUCCACAUCCUCCAGAUAUAUCUCCUUAUUAUCCAUUAUCACCAGGCACUGUAGGACAAAUCCCCCAUCCGCUAGGAUGGUUAGUACCACAGCAAGGUCAGCCAGUGUACCCAAUCACGACAGGGGGUUUCCGCCACCCUUACCCAACAGCUCUGACCGUCAAUGCUUCCAUGUCAAGCUUUCUCUCCUCUAGGUUUCCUCCACACAUGGUCCCGCCACACCAUAGUUUACACACAACUGGAAUUCCUCAUCCGGCCAUAGUCACACCAACAGUCAAACAGGAAUCUUCCCAGAGCGACGUCGGCUCACUCCACAGCUCAAAACAUCAGGACUCCAAAAAAGAAGAAGAGAAAAAGAAGCCACACAUAAAGAAACCUCUUAAUGCAUUUAUGUUGUAUAUGAAGGAAAUGAGAGCAAAAGUUGUAGCAGAAUGCACAUUGAAAGAGAGCGCAGCCAUCAACCAAAUCCUCGGUCGAAGGUGGCACGCGUUAUCCAGAGAAGAGCAAGCGAAAUACUAUGAACUAGCAAGAAAGGAGCGACAGCUUCACAUGCAGCUGUACCCGGGCUGGUCUGCACGGGAUAACUAUGGAAAGAAGAAGAAGAGGAAAAGGGAUAAGCAGCCAGGAGAGACCAAUGACCUGAGCGCUCCUAAGAAAUGCCGAGCGCGCUUUGGCCUUGAUCAACAGAAUAACUGGUGCGGCCCCUGCAGAUGCAAAUACUCCAAAGAAGUGUCGGGCAUUGUUCGGGCUUGACCGACAGAGUUUAUGGUGCAAACCAUGCAGGAGAAAAAAAAAGUGCGUUCGCUACAUACAAGGUGAAGGCAGCUGCGUCAGCCCACCCUCUUCAGAUGGAAGCUUACUAGACUCUCCUCCGUCCUCCCCCGCCAUGCUCGCCUCCCCCUCCAGAGACUCGAAACCACAGACUGAACAAACGCAACCCCUCUCGCUCUCAUUGAAGCCCGACCCGCUGGCGCACCUGGUGAUGAUGCCGCCGCCAUCCUCGCUGGUGCUCGCUGAGAGCGCCGCGAGCAAGCCCGGCGCCCUGCCCGCCGCCAGCUGCCCCAACGGGGCCCUGGACCACCCGCCGGCCGCCCUCCCGCCGGCCGCCGCCGCAUCCCUCGCACAGCCCUCGACGUCCUCCUUGCAUUCCCACAGCUCGCUGGCAGGGACACAGCCCCAGCCGCUCUCCCUUGUAACGAAGUCCUUAGAAUAGCUUUAGCCUCGUUAGCCCUUUCGGUUUCCUUUCGGGGGGAUUGAAUUCUGUUGGUAUUUGGGGUUUUGGUUUUGUUUUUUUUUUUCCUUUUCUUUAUUUUUUUUCUCUUCUUGUUGUCGUCCGCUGUUCGUCGUCGUUUCUCGGUUUCAUUUUUAAUUUGUGCCAUGUGGCUACAUUAGUUGAUGUUUUAUCGAGUUCAUUGGUCAAUAUUUGACCCAUUCUUAUUUCAAUUUCUCCUUUUUAAAUAUGUAGAUGAGAAAAGCCUCAUGAUUCUGCCAAAAUUUUUAUCAACAGCUGUUUAAAGUCUUUGUAGCGUUUAAAAAAUAUAUAUAUAUACAUAAUUGUUAUGUAGUUCCAAUAGCUUAGUUUUAAAGACUGAUUUUAAAAAUUAAAAAAAAAAAAGAAGCAAUUUUGAAGCAGCCCUUGCCAGAGGCAUUGGUUCUUUAUUAUUUGUAUUAAAUACGAGCUUGCGAACCAAUCAUUUUACAUCUGGUUUUUAAACCUUUAAGGGCACAACGAAUGCGGUGCCGCUACUACUUCUUUUUUUUUUCUUCCUUGUGUGAAACAACCUUUAUUGUGAUGUUACUUGUUAUUGUUUAAAUGUACAGAAACAAAGGGUUAAAAAAAUGUGUUAAUAUACCUUGUUCCAUGGUGUUGUUCUUUUUGGGGGAGGGGACGCUACUCAACAAUUAAAAGUAUCACAACGCUAUUGGACCAGUAGUAUUUAUUGCUUUAGAAAUUGCUUGUUGUAUCUGUAUGUUGUCCCUUUUUAAAUGUUUUUUUCUUCCUUUAUUUUUCCUUGAAACAUUGUAUAAAGGUUUUUUUUUCUUUAGUGUAAGCAUCUUAUAUAUAACAACUCAUUUGUACAAGGUUUUUAAGUUUAUAUAUAAAUGUGUAUAUAUAUAUUUUUUCCGGGAUUUUGUUUUUGAUUUGUUUUCGUGAUUUUUUUUUUUUUUUUUUUUUUUUUUUGCUAUUUGAAAUACGGUUGCCACCAAAUGGACAUUCGCAGAUGCAUUUUUUCAAGGAUCAAUAGUGUAAAGAAUAAAAUUGCUUUAAAAGCCAUUACACUCGAAAAGACUUGAAAAUUUAGCAAGGGAAUUUUUAGCAAUGCUGUUUGAAAAAUAGCAAGGUCCAAGUGUCUCCCGUUCAGAACUGCAGCUGAAUCCCCUGCGACAUUAGGACUGUAGGCUGUGUGCAAAAUUUUUAUGUGCCAAAAUUCUCAGUGACUUUUAACUUUCUCCCGACAACUUUAUUAUUUUUUUUUAAUGCUGUAAUUUUUUUGUUCAUCAUGUUUUGCUGUGAUGUUACAUAGGUAGAUAUGUAUGUAGUUUUAAUGUCACCUAUAACAGACGUGUUUGGUAGCAGAUUGUCCGGAAAGCAUUUAAAAUGAAGAGGUAUAAACCCUUAAGGGCCAAAUUCUGUAUAUUAGAUUAUUCAUAAAAGGAAAAUCAGACUGCCACUUUUAUGUACACUUACUACAUACAGGUAGGUAGCAAACUUAAAACAAAAAAAAAACCUAGGCAUGUUGAUGUUGCAAAAAACGCUGUAUAAAGCUGAAAAAUUGUUCAUCUGUUCAUUCAGUGCCAUUGUAGUUGACAUGAAGCGAUUGUAAAACUGUCUCAGAUUUUUCUCUGGUUUAUUAAGAUGCUAACUAUAACAUUUUUUGUGAAUACUUUGAAUGUUUCCUAACAGUUGUGAUGUUACUGUUCCGUUUUAUGCUCUUAUUCCGAUUUUCAUUUUUAAUGGUUUGGAAGCCAUUUUUUGUAAUGAAUAAAUGUUCAUGCUGUACAGUAUCUGUAGCAUGCAGUUCUGGAUUAAUAAAAGCAACUUAGUAUGUGC